AUGGAUCAUUUGGUCGCGACAUACGAAGACAUGGAAGAUCUGGACGUUGUUUUCUUCCAGGUUGUAUCGUCGAUUUUCAAGGUCUACAAAAUGCGUCGCAUUGGCAAGGUUGGUAUUGCAGUGGAGUUGGCGAAGCUGGAUAUAGUCCAGGACCUAGAAGAGUUGCUUGCAUUUGAGGACCAGGUUGAGUCGUGGCUGCUACUGGAGAGCAGGUUCCUGUGA